AUGGACACCGCUGGACCAGCCGGCGAGAAGCCGCAUGCCGUGUGCCUGCCGUUCCCGACCCAGGGACACAUCACGCCGAUGAUGAAGCUGGCCAAGCUCCUCCACUGCAAGGGCUUCCACAUCACCUUUGUCGCCACCGAGUACAACCACCGCCGCCUCAUCCGCUCCCGCGGCCCGAGCGCCGCCGCGGGCCUCCCCGGCUUCGCCUUCGCCACCAUCCCGGACGGCCUGCCCUCGUCACAAGCGGACGCCACGCAGGACCCGGCGUCCCUCGCCUACUCCACCAUGACCACCUGCCUCCCCCACUUGAGGAACCUACUUGCUGGCCUCAACAGCACAUCCGGGAUGCCGCCGGUCACGUGCAUCGUGGCAGACAACCUCAUGAGUUUCGCCGUGGACGCCGCGAGGGAGCUCGGCGUGCCGGCCGUGCUGCUCUGGACGGCCAGCGCCUGCGGCUACAUGGGCUACCGCAACUUCCGCCUUCUCAUCGACCAGGGCAUCAUUCCCCUCAAAGAUGAAGAGCAACUGACAAACGGGUUCAUGGACAUGCCGGUGGACUGGGCGCCAGGGAUGAGCAAGCACAUGCGGUUGAAAGACUUCCCAACCAUUCUCCGCACGACGGACCGCGACGACACUGCGCUGAACUUCAAGCUACACCAUGUGGAGCGCACCGAGAUAGCGGACGCCGUCAUCAUCAACACCAUGGACGAGCUCGAGCAACCGGCGCUCGACGCGAUGCGCGCCAUCAUACCGGCAAUCUACACCAUCGGUCCGCUCAACUCCCUCACCGACCAAAUCGUCCCCUUCAUGGACCCCCUGCACAAGGUAAGCUCCAGCCUCUGGAAAGAAGACCACACCUGCCUGCAGUGGCUCGACGGCAGGAAGCCCCGUUCCGUGGUGUACAUGAACUUCGGGAGUGUAACCGUGAUGAGCAAUCACGAGCUGGUAGAGUUCGCGUGGGGGCUGGCCAACAGCGGCCAGGACUUCCUCUGGAUCAUCAGGCCGGACAUCGUGAAGAGCGAGGCUGCCGCGCUACCCCCUGAGUUCUUGGAGGCCACCAAAGACAGAGGCCUCGUGGCGAGCUGGUGCGACCAAGAGGUGGUGCUGAGGCACGAUGCCGUCUGUGUGUUCCUGACGCACUGCGGAUGGAACUCGACGGUCGAGGGCCUCUGCGGUGGCGUGCCGAUGUUGUGUUGGCCGUUCUUCGCCGAGCAGCAGACCAACUGCCGGUACAAGUGCCUCGAGUGGGGGGUGGGCAUGGAGAUCGGCGACGACGUGCGGCGGGAGGUGGUCAACGAGAGGAUCAAGGAGGCGGUGGGCGGGGAGAAGGGUAGGGAGAUGAAGAAGAGAGCAGCAGAGUGGAGGGAGGUGGCUAUUAGAUCCAAGGUGACAUCGUUGAAUAAUCUUGACUCACUAAUCAAUGAUGUGUUACUAUCCGGUAAAGAAAACAGAGUAAGUACCAAAGGCGAUGGGAUUGCUUGUAACGUCGCAGGCAAUGCAGCGUUUUGA